AUGGACGCUUCAUGUCCCCCCACGACGGAUUCCGCUCCCACCGAGUCCGGCGCAAAGCGAAAGCGGAGUCCCUCGCUGAGCGCCGCGCCGCCAGCAAAGUCUGCGAAGACCGGGCAGCUGUCCAUCAACUACCUCGCGCGCCAGUCCCACGAGGACCUGCCCCUGAUCACCAAGGAGGACACGCUGCCGAACCUCCUCCAUCUGCUCUCCUCCUACAGCAACAUUCUCGACCGCCACGAGUCACUGGCCUCCAAUCUCGGCGCCCGUCCCCUGGGUCCGAUCCUGAUCAAGCGCUUUGAACGCUGCUUCGAUGCCCCGCCCAAGAUUGUGGCCUCCCACCACAAGAAUGCCGCCCUCAAUCCCGACGAUACGUCGCACCAGAUCACAUGGCUCGAGGUCAUCGAGUUUGCCCGCUCCCACCCGAGCCAGUUCACCCUCAGCACCUUUUCCGAAGGCAAGCGAGUGUGCCAAUUCUACUAUCCGCAGAAGCAGCUGCGCGUGCAGAUCAGUGAAGAGGACUUCUUGUUCAUCAACAGUGGGCGAUGUCAGGAGCUGAUUCCCCCGCUCCCCAUCUGGGAGGACGAAGAGAAGGAGGUCGGCACCUGCGAUGUGCUCGAGGCGAAGCUCAAGGAACUCACAAAUGCCGCCGACAUGGUUGCAGCGAGGACUCGGCAGCUGAGCCAUCGAUUGAAGGGACGUAGAGCCGCCAUAUUGGAGAGGAGAGCGGAAGGCGGGAGUGGAACCCCGGCCAAGGCCAGCGCUUUGCAGACAACAACCGCACCGCCAUCAUCGUCGGGAUCCAGUGGCUUCGUCGCUGUCAACAACGCGGGAACUGCCCGGCCUGCGGGUGAAAGCGUCGAGCCCAGCCUAGGGUCAUCGGCAGCAAUUCGCAAUGAACUUCUUCGUCACUUCGAGAGCCUGCCUCACAACCAAGGCCAAGAGAGGACGAAUUCUAGGACUCAUUCCGUCGGCAUCUCAAGUGAUACUGCUCCACCAGGGUCUCGACCGGUCGAGUUCUCUGCAGCACCGCACGAGGGGUUCGGCUCAAAUGCCUCGUCACUCUCUCCUGGCCCCUUCAACGCUUUCGCCGGCGAAACUUUCCCUUAUGGUGACAGCUCUACACCUGCGCGGGCCGCAAACACCAUUCAUGCUCAUCGACCAUCCUCCAGCACUGGCGCCAUUCUAUACAGUUCAGCGCCACCGCCACUGAAACAUAACUUCAGUCGACCACUCCCCGCUGCCCUUGAGAGUAGCCAGCCGUUUCGACCGUUAUGCCAAGCCCACAUGGAUAGCUUGCCACGCGGACAACGGGUCCUUCCACCUUGCGAUCGCUGUCGACGGCUGCGCAUGGAUUGCGUGAAAAAUCUCACCUCCUGUGCAGGCUGUACUCGCAAGCAUGCUCGCUGCCACUGGCGAGAUGUGUCCCGUGACGAACUUGGAGCUCUCGACCACAUGAUGGACUCAAGCUAUUCGCCAACCCAUGUGGAUGGAGCGCAUUCCAACGGCUAUCUGAACGGUGGUGACCAUGCAUACAGUGAGAAUGGGUAUCCGCAGAAUGAUGAGAGCGAUGACGACGAUAGCAACCCACUCGAAGAUCUGGAGGCGCUCGGGCAGAAGGAGGAACAGGAGAAUCAGAUCAGAGAGGACGAGGAGGGACUGCGCAACGCAAAGGAACUUGCAAGGCAAGGAUGGGAAGAGAGUCUCCGUUCUCAUGUUGGUGGAGCUGAUCAGGGGGCACAAGACCAACCUCCGCAGAACGGUAAUGUAGAUCCGGCAGCACCAUCCGACGUCCUGUCUGCUGUGGAGCCGGGAGGUCAUGGCCGCCGGGAAAGCGACAGUAGCGUCAGCGACAUCACUGACGCCGUCAACGUGGACCUCAAAAGACCUAGCUACGAUCCAGUCCAUGAGGGCUCAUCUGAUGAUCCAUCGCGAGGUUUCCGGGCGGUGAACGGCGUGCAAGGAUGCUAG